AUAAGAGUGACGGGGGUGAGACAGAAGAGAGAGAUAGAGAGAGAUAGAGAGAGGGAGAGAAGGUGGAUGACUAAAAAUCCGAUCCACACAGACAGCUUCUUUCACAGUAAAACACUGAAGAUGGAACAGCUGGAUUGCAGUGCGCCCCCGUGCCCGUGACCAGUUGAGAGCGCGAGAGCAGAUAAUGCCUUCGAGGACCUGGACUCCCGCUCACCUGUCAUAGGUUCACGCUAUUUCGAGUGUCGAAAGUAUAACACGUCGUGUUUCAGUGGAUUUUACGAAGGUGGAUAGAUGUCGAGAGGGGAGUGCGUCAAGUGAGCGCACAUAUCCAACAAGUGGAUGCUUAAAUGUACUCGCAGCGGACAGAAACUGGGACUAAGGACGACAAUCAAUCAGUGGAUUGAUUACCGACAAAUGUGUAUCGAUUGAUCUGUUUACAAAAGAGAUAAACAAGCUGGACUGAUUAGCUCUGAUGUGGAGCUUGUCUUGGUUGAUUGUGAUACAUGUUUGUGCGCAUAGUCUCGGUCAGAGGUAGUUUUCUGUACAAUCGAGUGACUUUUUGUAUUAAUCAAGAUUUUUCCCCCCCCCAAGCACACAUAGAAACUGCAAUGAGGUAACACCUGCGACAUUUUCAUCGACAAAGAAAGAUAGAUUUCGGGUGGACACGCUGCGGAUCACCGUCUCCCACCUCACCCCUCUCCCCCCCCCACAUCCAUGGACUUGCUCCUCCGUUCCCUCGGUGACCGUGGGGGGAACUCGGGCUCCUCUCUGUAGACGUUUCUGUAUGACGAGGGCGCAGGUGGCACCCAAAGGUCGCAGCCAUGCCGAUGCAUCCAGUCACCUCCACUUUGAUGUACCGGGGGAUCUGCACGAUCCCGGACAUCCUCUCCUACAGCGCUCCAGUGAACCUGCCGGAGGACGAAGUUGAAGAGAUCCGUGAGGCCUUCAAAGUGUUUGACCGCGAUGGGAACGGGUUCAUCUCAAAGCAGGAGCUGGGGAUGGCCAUGCGCUCCCUGGGCUACAUGCCAAAUGAGGUGGAGCUGGAGGUCAUUAUCCAGAGACUGGACAUGGAUGGCGAUGGCCAGGUGGACUUUGAGGAGUUUGUGACUCUUCUUGGCCCAAAGCUGACGGCAGCUGGGAUGCCAGAUAAGUUCCACGGCACUGACUUUGACUCCGUUUUUUGGAAGUGUGACAUGCAGAAGUUAACGGUUGAAGAGCUGAAGAGGCUUCUGUACGACACCUUCUGUGAUCACCUCUCCAUGAAAGACAUCGAGAACAUCAUCAUGACUGAAGAGAACCACAUAGAGAACCCAGAUGAAUGCCAGGUGGAUAUAGACAGUUCCAGCCCGACGCAGCAUGUCAAGCAAACAUGUGUGCGCAAAAGCCUGAUAUGCGCCUUCGCCAUUGCUUUCAUCAUCAGCGUCAUGCUCAUCGCAGCCAAUCAGGUGCUGAGGAGUGGUAUGAAAUAGGAGCUUUGGCAUUUCAAGCCUUGACCAACAACGUAAUAAAUUACUGGGCAAUUAAAGCUUAAAAACAAUCCAUACAGACAAUCACCCAGCUGUAAAAAAGAAAAAAGAAAAAAAAGAAGAAAAAAAGGCCAACGAAGACUGCAGAAAGCUUUCUGGACUUUCCAAGGACACUACAUGUGCAGAAAUGUCUCAUGUUUCCAAAGACAUACAGACAACUUACAGUCUUUCAAGGACAAAAUGACCUCCCAGGCAAAGAAAGCAGUGUUCAACUGGAAGGUCUGACAAAACAUAUCACUCCUUGUUACACACCUGUUAGUAUCCAUUGGCUAUGUGCAUUUGAGCAGUGUUGCAUUUAGUAAGGUGGCAGCUAUAGAGAGAAGUGUAGUGACUGUCAAGUUAUUGUAUCCAUGUGUUUCAUACGGUUUAUUAAACAAGUAGAAAGGAAUAUGUGAAAUGUUGUGGGGGCAUUGGAGAAAAUGUAUUCCUGAGGCUGGAAAUUGAUGUUAUGUGCGAGGUCUCGAGUGCACAGCAUUGUGGAGAUAUAGUUCGAGGUACAUUGUUCAAAAACCACUUGGAAAUAACAAUAGCUUGGUAAGAGACAAAUAGAAGUGUUUGCAGGGUGGUGCAUGUGAUUGUGUAGAGUAGUUUCACACAUUCACGGGCUGCAGGACCUCGGUCUGAGACGGAUGGAGCAGGGUGAGGCGGGUUAACAGCUCUCUGGGGGAAGGUGCAGAGCUCUGAAUGGACGGGUAACUGGCUGGAAAGAGGAUGGACAGGCAACAAACACUCAACUCUCUUCGUCUCCAGAGCGGGGCUCUGCAACCCUAAAAAGGAUGAUCAUCAUCUAUGCAUGAAGUGCAUGGAGAUUAACAGUUGUCUUGACACAUUUGUAAAGAUUGUAUCUAUGUGUUUACCAUAAUGGCUGUGUUACAACUACUAAAUGACAACUGUGAGCAAUUGUGUGGCCCAGGGAAUCAGCAAUCACAACAAAAGUAAAGCAUACAACUGCAUGAACAAGAAGGGCUGCUUUAAAACAUGCUUGUGAAAAAUACUUUCGGGAUUGCUAAACUAGGCCGCUUUUUGCUUCACCGGGCACCUGAUCAUGUUCACUGCUGCAGCAGAGCAAAACAACUUCAAGAAACGUGCCACUCACUCAGCAUUUAAAGAAUAUGCAUUCAAACUUGUCGAGUUGGAAGUGCUGAUGCUACAGUGCAGGAUUUUUUAUCUUUUGUUUCAAGUUAUUUUUCGUCUGGAUGCAUUGCUAUUGAGCAAUAAAUGUAUUUAAAAUAGACAUCAAACAAUGCUUUGAACAGACCAAAAAUAAAAUAAAAAAAGGUUAGCACCAAUGGACCAACCAACUGUUGAGGUCAGAAAAUGUUGUAAAGGACUUUUCAAUUUUUUUGGCAAUACAACAAAGAAAUUGGCUCAAAUAUGAAAAAAGGAGACACCACUGUAAUUCAGAUACAAAGAUCGAAGAGAUGAAUAAGAAAACUGGGUGUCAGAAGCUGCCCAGUGCAUUGAAGAUUUACUCGGGCCAAAUGAUGUAAACAACUGCAAUAACAUAUCAUUGUCUGUGAGAAGCACCAAAUGGAUAUGAUUAGAUGUAGUCUAGGCUGUAGUGCAUGCAUCUGGGAAAAGUAUGUCACUAAUAAUGUGUUAUGUACAUAGGAACCCACUUCAACCAAAGCUAUGAAGCGAUCUGUGACAUGAGCUGGGUCAGAUACAUAGACUGUGUAUGAGAAGUGGACCUUGCCACCUUGAUGUCACCCUGUCGUUUUUCAACCUUUUGUUUGAAGUCUCACAUUGGUCGUUUUGGCAGUCACCAUCUUUUUUUUCCCCUUUUUGGUGCUGGAAGUGACCAUAUUUGGACAAACAGGUCGAUACCUUUCUAUCCUGGUUGACAGGUCACUAUGGUAACAACAUGCCAAUCACAAGUAGUCAGACUUCAAAGCAUGCUCUUCUAUAUCUUCAAAUAAAAUAAAAUAUACCAGACAUCAGAUCAUUUAUGCAUUCAAUUACUAACAUGUGUUAUUGAAGGAGCCUUGGAACUUGCAAUUGAGACCAUGAAAUCAAUGUAAAUGUAUAUUUAGGUAAUACUUUGAUGGGGAAGUGUGGUAUUUAUUUCAUCUGGUUGUGAAGUUAAACAGAAAAAAAUAGUUUAUAUGGCCACCUCUUAAAUACAGUCUAUGGUUGGAAAAUGAUUAAAUGCUUAGUAAUCAAUUCAUAAUUCAAUUCAUAAGAAAUAAGACAAAAAAACUAAACUGGAAGAAGUGGACCUAGCCAACUUGAUGACCAGUUGGUUUUUCGAAACUAAACUAAACUCCCUCCUCAAACAGGAAAAACAUUUUACAACUCUUUUGUUUUAUAAUUAAAUUUGAAGUUUUGACUGGGCCAAAACAUGUUUGGUAAAAAUGAUAAAAAGCCUCCAAACCCUUAAAAACAUGAUAUAUUAUAUAUAUAGUGAUCCAGUUAAUUCACAUCUUAUCAAUAGAUUUUCUUUGGGUUACUAUUGGCAGCUUCUUAAAACUUGGAUCUUACACCAGAGCCACAGCUUCAGAAAGGCAACAGAAUAAGACCCAGAGCCAAGCAGGGGAACGAUUAUCUGAUGCACUGGGGCAAUUUUGUCAGAAGUGUCAACUCUCUAGGUAACACACUUAGAAAAAAAGGAUAAAAAAAUACAUCAACAAAUACUAUGGUUUCCAUUUUGCACUUUAAGACGUGCUGCAGUGCACAACAACUCACCACCAUGAUUGUCUAUCCAUUCCCAGAUUGAGUUUAGGUAUUACGUUGCCAUAGAUGUAUCUAUUUUUGUGCUAAGAAUACGAAAGAAAAUAAUAUUUACGGAUUGACGAUGAUGCUGUCUAAUUAGUUUUCUACUAUAUCAUUAUACAGGGAACAUUUUCAUAGGGAAUAAAAGAUAUAUAUGUUUGAUUUGUUGCCUUAUUCUUUGAGACUCUUGAUAUAGUUUUUACACAUUAUAUAAAAAACUAUCAUGGGUUUUUCAUAUUAUCAUCAGACCAAAAUGUACAAACCAAUAUUAUUUUAAUUUUACAGCUGUAUGAAAAUGUUUAUAGUCUAUUGAAUGUUCUAUUUCCAUUGUACUGUACUUUGAUACUUGCCUUUGGAUCUUGCAAAAUAGUUUAUUGACCAUGUGAUAUCUGUUCAUUGUCACCACCUGAUGUUCUUCUUCUAUGUCUGUGGUAUUGUAUUUCACAAAUAAAAUCUCAUGACGACUG